CAAUAGUGCCGGGGUCCCGCGUGCCAUAGCCGAAAUAUCCAAACGCUGCUACCGUCAUAAGGAAAAACAAUCUGCGAGUAUGAUUGGUUAAAUCUGAUAUAAAUCUCCGGGACGCUGGCUGGUUUUAUUCGCCUCUGAACUGCAGCAGAUUAAGACGAAGGAAGGGUGUGCCUCGGGAGUCUUUUGGUCCAGGCGUCUGCUUCCUUACACACUCGCACACUCACUCGGUUAUCGUUUCGUUCGAAUGUUCAGAGGAAUGAAGGUUAUUGUGUUUUUCGUUUUCGUCGGAAUUGUAGGAGACUACCACAUCCACGCAGUCUGCCCUGUGGACGAUAUGGUUAAGAACGUGCAGCACUGCAUGACUAAAAUGAUGAGUUUCGUCCAGGCAGAGGAAAGUCAACGGAUGUCCAAAUGUCCUGACCUCGAGGAAGGUAUAACCUGUGUAGACAAGAUUAUCGACAACUGUAAGGAUAACCCGGCCAUCUCCGACCAGUACACCAUGUUGAAGGACGAAAUGGCACAGAGCAGACGAGAUUUCCAUUCAUAUUGUAAUUCCGCCGUGACAUUUGAGAAUGCAAAACAGUUGAUUUUCGUUUGUCUGGCAGUUUCUCUGUUCAAGAAAAGUGUAUUGUGAGCGAAGUGUUGACUCUUGGGUAAAUGAACAAUAGUUGAUGCGAUUAUAAUACGAACUGGGCUGUGAUGGAAGAAAACUAUGUAAACUAAGUAAAACCAGGGCCAUAACUAGGAAGGGGGCGGGAUGCGGUUGCCGAACCAACAAUUAUUGCCCCUUUUGUAUUGCUAGAGAAGACACCAAUAGGCGCGUGUACAGGUGUUGAGGGUUUUGUGGUCGAACCUUUCUCUGCUGAAGCACAUGUUCUUCUUUCUUUUUUAAAUAUAUGUUCUGCAGGGAGAAUAAUGCGACACGCACACCUCUUGGCUCGCAGUUUAGACCCCUGCAAAAUGUCCUGCACACGCCCCUUCUAUAUUACUUAGUACCCCUUCUUACGUUAGGCUAGGUACGGCCCUGAAAACUUAGUGUGUGUAUGUUGGCCUUAAUGAUAAAACAUGUUCAUGUGUAUAUAUGUAUACAUACACUUCUGUUUUAGAAGAUCUAGAUGGUAUAUGUGCACUGUACACACAUACUUGUUUCAGAAGAUCUAGAUAGUAUAUCAGGGUUCUUAUACUUGAAAAACCCCAUACAAUUCAAGGAUAUUUCCACAUGUAUUAAAUGUUUCCAGGACAUGAAAUGUUCAAUCAAUGAUUUUUUUUUAUAUAACAAAUUGUUGUCUGAAUUUAGACAGGUUAUAAGGACAACAAAAGUAAAAAUGCGAGAAAAAAAAAAUCACCAAAUGUUGGCCGAAAGUUCCAGAACAUUUCCAGGACACAAUGAAAUGUAAUGCUUUUUCCAGGACAUUCCAGACCUGGAUUUUAAAAUAACAAAAUUCAAGGACAUUCCCGGAUUUCCAGGACGCGUAAGAACAUAACGUGUGUACUGUAUACAUACACGUUUUCGUAGGUUUCAGAAGAUCUAGAUGGUGAAUCGUUUGAUUACAAAACGUAUGCAACAACGUGUUCGAAUUAAUUGUAAUUUUUGUAGAUGUGUACAUUAUACAGAACAAAUGCUAAAGGUGUGCUGACAAGUUAUGUGAGAAGUCAUGGUUUUCAGACGAACAGGUUUCAAAGUUUAAAGGGACUCUUAUCCGGAAUGUAUAACAACGAAAACGGAAAAUGGUGGACUACCCUCAUUUUUUAAAUAAGUGGACAUAACCACUUUUGGUCGCCAGCCUUCGAUAUUACCGGGUAGUUCUUUAAAUGUAUUUCUUAAUAGAAAUUUAGUUUUGUUUAACGACACAACUAGAGCACAUUGAUGUAUUAAUCAUCGGCUGUUGGAUGUCAAAUAGUUUGAAAUUCUAACAGUGUUAGACACGAAAUCUGUAAAUAGUUGCAUUAGUAGCAAGAUACCUUGUAUACGCACCAUCCCAUCUAGACAGGAUAGCACAUAGUCGUGGUGUACUGGUUGGAACAAGAAAUAGACUAAUGGGCCCACCAACAGGGAUCGAUCCUAGGUAUUUUUGUGGUAGUCAUUUCUAUUCUGCUUUAUUCGGGGAAACAUGAAGCAUUAUAAUGUAUAAUAUAUUUAUUUGUCUAUCAGGAAUGACCCUUUAAUAUAAAUCUAUAUUGGUAUACAAUCACGAUCCCGUGAUACUGCCAAAAAGGCAAAAAUGACAAUGAUCAAUUCUGAAAAAUACCCAGUACUUAUGAAGCCAUACAAGCAAACAUGUUCACUUUGUCAUAAAUAACCUGUUCUCACGCCUGAAGUUACAUUACCAUUACUUGUAUAAUUGUGCAAAACAUGCAAUGCAUUAUUGUAUAGUGUUAUGUAUUUGAACAGUAUUGAAUAUGUUGCUGUAUGUAGAUGGAUGUUUAGUAUAUAUAACUUCCCAUGCAUUACAACCAAAUGAAGAUACAUGUUGCAUGUAGAAUGGACUAUCCUGAAUUUGUGGCCAUUAUAAGAUAUUUCCGAAUAAAAUGGUGACUAAAAUUAGAUAUUAAAUCAGGGAUUUACCCAAACGUUCCGUGCGUCCGAACAGAGGCCCCUCCCCAAAAGAAAGUAACACUGACAAUUCGCAAUUAUUCAGCAAUCAUCAACAUUUGUAGCAAUCAGUUUUCUCUUUACUUGGAAAAUAAAAUUUAAACUCUGUUUACACACACACACACACACACACACACACACACACACAUUCAAAACAAGAAAAUAUCUUUAAUAUGUAAUUUUAGUCAUCACAAAUGCUCUGUGUAUCAUAAACAUGUUCCAACGGCAUCACACUUAUGAUAGUCCCUUUAAGAGACUGUCCUGUGUUUGUUGCCACUGUUAAGAUAUUUCUGGCUAACCGAGUCUUAAAAUACCAAAAUUACAUAAUAAAUACGUUUCCUUGGAUAUCAUGUUAUAAUUUCUAAUCGUUCCAAUGUUUGUACAAUAAUUAAAGAGUGGCGCAAACAUCAUUUUAUUUCCUAAUGCAUUUGUUUUGCAUACAUACGAAAUUAUUGUGAGGUAAAAUCCAGAGCCCAAUUUCACAAAACAUCGUAAGCCUAGUUUUGCACGUACACGUAAAUUUACGACUAAACCAUAAUUCUUAUUACUAUUAUAGUACAAUAAAAUUUAAUACAGUUAGAAGUACACAUAUUUCAUUUCAUUUUGUCCUUAGAAUUCUCCAUCUUCCAUAAGGAUGUAAUUAUCUACGUGAAACUGAUGUCAAACACGUGUAAACUGUAAAUAACUAUUGUACAAUAAUUCCUUAUAUGCUGUCGUUUGACGGCUUUGGUGUACCGAAAUAAAGUUACAACCGGUAUAACUGCUAGUCGCAGACGUAAACUUGCUAUCUUUUGUGAAAUGGGCUCCAGUACUACAAAUAUUAGGACGACCAGAAACACAUUGAAUGUACUUAGUAUAUGUAAAUUUUAAUUGUUUUGUGGUACGUUAGCAGAGUUUCUGCCAGAGGGUAAAAUGGGUAUGGCACCAUUUUCUUAACACUAGCCCUAAACUUGACCCAUUUUCUCUCUGGGGGAGGCCUCCCAUACUCUCUGUUGACUGUGGUUGUAUUCAGUUCCAUAGCGUCAUACCCCAAAAAUUUCUUUCUGGCAGAAACACUGGUUAGUAAAUAGAUAAAUAUGUUAGUCGGAAAUGUGUUACACCAGCAGCGCCUGCUUAGGAAAGUCCCUACAACUUCCAUACCCACGGGCGUCAUUUGCAAGGAAAAAUUGGUGGGGGGGGGACAAUUGGGUUCUAACAAUAUUUCGUGCGACUAAUCGCGAGCGCCCUAGGCGUGAAGCGACUCUAGGGGGGUCUCGGGGCAUGCCCCCCCCCCCCGAAAAAUUUGAAAAAUGAAGGUCAUUGUGGCUGUCUGAGAACAUUAUUUAGAGUAGUGGGGGGGGGACAUCAGAUAUUCUGCCCCCCACUACUAAAAGUGGGGGGGGGGGAGACAUGUCCCCCCUGUCCCCACCAAAUGACGCCCAUGUAAAUCGUUUCGUUUGUACAUGUAUUUAUUUUAUCAUCUCAGGUGUCUUCCUGCUCUGCACGAUGAGUACGGAUGUAAAGUGCAUUACUAUUGGAAAUGUUCCACUGUUGUUUACCUAGUAAUUAAUGUACAGUGUAAAAAAAAUUCUGGUUUUCAAACAAAGUACACAUUUCUAAUAUACAAAUCAGUUCAGGCAUCAGAAUAUUAUGAGGGGGUUAUGUUCGCAAGCUUUUGAUUACGGAAAACGGUUUUGUCGUUCAGAUUCUGGGCUGGCCUCGUGCUUAUAAACCUUAAAGUCUAGACUUUAAUAAAGUCCAGACUUUAACGUCAUGGCAACGCCAUUCAAACAGCUUUACGUUAAAGUUUGGACUUUAUUAAAGUCUAGACUUUAAGUUUUAUAAGCACGGGUCCUGGUCCUUAUAAAACUUUAAAAGUCUGACACUAUGGCAACGCCAUACAAAAUGUAUGUUUGUGAUAUCAUUAGAGAUUUGAUGCUAGACUCUAAAGUUUCGAAAAGGACCAGACGUAGAAAAUCAUAAAUGUGGCUAUAUACCAAAACUAUUCUCGAAGAGCACAUAACUACAAAGUAGUGAAACAGGACGUGUUGUCAUAAAACAAUAUUUGCUUAACAUCUACGCACAUUUUAAACUUUGGUUAUUUGGUAUCAAAAUGCCUGAAACUAUAAGAGGCGUCGCAAAACAAUGUACCUCAACGUUAAUAUAUGUAUAUUCCACCAGCAACACCACAACCAAAAAUGUUUUAAGCAACCUAUGAUCGCUAUGAUAUAUGCUUAAAUUGUAAGUACAAUGAGAUAGAUAUUAGUUUUUGUUCAAUGUAUACUACUGACAUUUUGAGGGUGUUUUGACACACACGUGUAUACGGUAUAUUAUUGGUAGACGAUUUAUGGGGGUGGGUACCUUAAAUUGCUUAAUUGCAUGUGUGGAUUAUAAUGUUAUUACAAUAAUGAUACACAUAAUACAGUGGCAUGUACAUGUAGCAUAGCACGUCAUAAUGAGUAACACAUUGUCAAAUAACAGUUUUCAUAGCGCUAUGGCCGUUCACAGUAAUCAACAUUCUCACCAGUGUACAAACUAUAGUACACUGUGUGGGGAGGUGGCAUAAUGCCAGCGUAUCCUUUUAAUACAUAAAUUUUACUUAUAAAUAAAUAUUUUGUGUUAUCUCUUAGGAGGGAAUGAAUGAAUGAAUGUUUAACGACCUUUUAGGAGGGGGGGGGGUACGGGAGGGGGCAGGGGCGAAACAUCAAAGUGGGUAUGGUUUGUACUCUCGCGUAAAUGUUGAUUAUGAAAGGCCACUAAGCGCAUACGAUUUACGUCUCCAUAAUGAUAUUCAGCUGAUGUUGUGUCUUUUAAUGACAAAUUUUACCCCUACCAUAUUAGAUUGUGUUUUUCUGCAAAGAAACCAUGUCUUCCCAUUUGUAAAUACGUUUAAUAAUAAAAUUAGAGUAACAAUGCAUCUACUCGACAAAAACUGU